AUGAAAUCGGCAUCUGCUGAGGUAAGCGCGAGCGGUGACCGCGUUGCGCGCUCCGCCGCUACCUCAACUGGCUCGGAACCGCUUCACUCGCGUGCGGUCGUCACGAGAGUGCAGCACCCACCACCCACACCGACGAGCCCCGGCGGCCGGCGCAGACGGCAUGCGCGCGCGGUAGGCAGCAUGGCCGCGCCGCUGCUGUGGCUGGCGGCGCUCGCGCUCUCUGCGACGCCGGCGUUCCUGCAAGGAUCGACCCCGCCACCAGCGCUCGCUGCAAUAGCGCUCUCCAUACGUUCUCGGGCUAUCCAAGAUAGUCGAUGCUAUUUGAUGAACGGUGGAGCAGUGGAGAGCUUCUUCAUAAGUGAAGAUACACCAGUCGGCAGUAUUAUAGGUACACUUAGCGUAAAUGGAGACCCAAAUGAACUCAGCGGCGAUAUAUUGUUGAGUAUUCAAGAGAAGAACCCAGCUGUGGCGUUGGUGGCGGGCUCUAAGAACAUGACGUUGACGCGCGCCCUGGACAGGGAAGAGCAAAUAGGGCCCUCCAGUGUAUACGUCAACGUGCGAUGUGAUAGAAGGCAUACUUCUGAUCCGAGCUUCGUGAUCCCGGUGUCGGUGCGCGUGUGGGACGUGAACGACAACGCGCCGGCGUGGCGCGGCGCGCCGUACCGCGCGCGCGUGUCGGAGCUGGCGGCGGUGGGCGCGCGCGUGGUGGCCGCGCCCGCCGUCGACCCCGACCAGGCGGGCCCGCACGCCACCGUGCACUACGCCGUGCUGCCCGGCCCCGACAGCGAGUACGUGCGGUUCGCGAGCGCGCUGGAUAGCACGGUGGUGGUGGCGCGGCCGCUGGACUACGAGGCGCGCCGCAACUUCACGGUGCGGCUGCGCGCGCGCGACGCCGGCCGCCCGCCGCGCCACAGCGACGCCACGCUCACCGUCGAGGUGCUCGACGCCGACGACCAGAACCCCAAGUUCGACCACGACCACUACACCGCCCUGGUGCCCGACGACGUCCACGAUGGCACGCCGCUGGAGACGCGGCCGGCGCCGGUGCGCGCGCGCGACCAGGACGCCGGCAUCGACGCGCCCGUGACGUACGCGGCCAGCGGCGCCGGCGCCGCGCUGCUGCGCGUGGCGCCCGCCACCGCCGCGCUCGCCGCCGCCGCCGCGCUGCGCGCCGCUGACCUGCCGCUCACCCUCGUGCUGAAGGCUACACAAGUUGACAACCCGGACCGCUACGCGCUGGCCACGCUGACGCUGCAGCGCGCGAGCGCGGGGGCGGGCAGCGCCGGCGCGGGGGCGGGCGGUGCGGUUGCGGGCGGGGCGAGGGCGGGCGGCGCGGGGGCGGUGCGGUUCGCGCGGCGCGCCUAUAGCGCCGCCGUGGCGGAGACGGCGCCGCCCGGCACCGUGCUGCUCGCGCUCUCCGCCACCGCGCCCUCCGGACAGCCGCUGCAGUACUACGUGUCGGAGCGCGGGUUCCUGGAACAGUUCGCCAUCAGCGGCGCCGGCGACGUGGUGCUGCGCCGCGCGCUGCCGCGAGACGCCGCCGCCGCCUACCGCUACCAGGUCAUGGCCACCGACGGGAUCACGAACGACACGGCGUCCAUCAACAUCACGGUGCAGCGCGUCAACGAGUGGGAGCCGCGCUUCCGCCACGCGCACUACGAGUUCCUGCUGGCGCCGGGCGCGGCGGGCGCGGGCGAGGCCGUGCGCGUGGGCCGCCUGCACGUGUUCGACGGCGACCCCGAGGACAACGUCACGCUGCACCUCUCCGGUCCCGACGCCAGCAGGCUGCUGUCGGUGAACGCGGCGGGCGAGGUGUUCGUGCGGCGCGCGGCGCUGGCGGCGGCUGCGGCCGAGCUGCACGUGGUGGCCACCGCCGUGGACUCGGGCGACCCGCCGCGGCAGACGUCGGUGCCGGUGGUGGUGCGCGUGGCGUCCGCAGCCGCGCGGCGCGGGGCGGGCGCGCCGCUGCUGGCCGCCUUCACGGCCGCGCUGGCGCUGCUGGCGUUGCUGGUGGCCGCGCUGCUGCUCUACCUCUGCCGCCUCAAACGCAAGCGGCAGGUGAAGGACGGCGGCAGCGGCGGGGGCGGGCCGGGCGUGGGCGGCGGCGGCGGGGCGGGCGCCGGUGAGAAGCCGGCCGCGCUCAGCAGCACGCUGUCCACGGCCACCAGCGCCUCGCUGCAGAGCGUGUCGGCCGGCGCCAGCAGCAUCCUCGCCGCCUCCACAACCAGUCUCGACCGCGCCCCUCACGCCCAGCACCCCCCAGCGCCCCAGCACAGCGCCGCCGCCAACACCGCCGUCAGCGUUAACGGCAACGUCAGAAGCGCGGGGGCGGGUGUGACGGUUGCGACGGGUGCGGGUGUGACGGGUGCGACGGGUGCGAGUGUGACGGGUGCGACGGGUGCGGCGGGUGCGGGCGCGCUGAGCGACCACCUGCAGGCUGGCGCGGGGCGUUCGGGCGUGGCGUGGCCGAGCGCCACCAUCCCGGCGCGCGUCAAGCGCCUCAGCUGGGACGACGCGCAGCCGGGGCCGGGGCCGGAGCGCCGCGCGCCGGCGGAGGCCACCAACGCGAGCGUGGCCGACCACAUGAACCUCACCGUGUACUUC